AAAUUACUGGUUCUGGAACGGUUCUUAUGUCGGUUGGAACACAGCUUAUGAGAACAUACCUUUAAUGGCCAAAAAAAACCGUCAUAUAAUAGUUGUAUUCCUUUCAAGAGCUUGAAACACUCGAGCUACUCGCUUCGGUGCUUAGUCGCCCCCGAUUUGCAGGGAACAUAUGCGUGGUGCAACAAACACUUUUCGAAAGGAAUAAGCGCGUGAAGCCCCGGAGCUGUUCCGGAGCUCCUCCUAGGUGUGAAAGGAAUACAACUAUUAUUUAAAAUAUACCUAGAUAAUAAUAGAGAGUUCUCGUGCUGUCCAAAUUUCAAUACCGUAACGUUAUUUGACAAGUAUGACAGCUCUUACGGUAUUAGCGUUAACGGAGCCCGCUACCUAACGUGAGUUAGCGGAUGUCUUACCGUAACGCUAUGCUAUGUCAAAAUUAGUUCACGCUCCAUUUAUGUUGCAAGAACAGCAAUCUCUAAUAAUUCCUUCAUAAAAAACACCAACGGGAAAUUAAUGAAACUCAGGAAUCUUCAGAAUAAAUAAAAGUUGGCAAACAAGCAAAAAAAAGUUGGGUUAGAUCACUCAAUACAGCUGUCAAAAUGUAAACAGAAUUAAGGGAUUAGAGGAUUUUUGUGUCUUCGUGUCCGAGAACUAUAAAAUACCGUAUUGUUAGCGGUACUGUAUUAACGUAGCGUUUGAGGCACGAGAACUUUCUAAUAUCAUUUUAAACAAAAAUCAACCUAAACUUAAAUUUGAACAAAGGACUAGGAAAAUGUAUCAAAACAAAAAAAAAUUCUUGACACGAUAUUUUUACCUAAAACAUUAAAACAUUAAAAAACACCAUUAAAGAUUCUCCACAGAAAAAAAAAGCACGAAAUUGAAGAAAAGACUGGAUAACAACAGACCUAAUAAAAUCAAUUGAACAGAAAAAUAAACUUUAUAAAAACAUGCCAAAAAAUCGGAAAAGCGUCAGCAAUUUUAAAAUGCAGGGACAAUUUAACUUAAGUGAAACAAAGCAAACAUUUAGACAUAAAUUAUGGAAUAGCGGAAAAAAAAAAUUAACAGUAUACACAACAAGAAAGUAUUAAACAAUUAAAAAAUAACAAAGAUACCAAUUUCAUAAAUAACGAUGCAGAUCUUGCCAAUCAUUUUAACAACUAUUUUUGCAAUGUCGGUCGGGAAAUCACCGGCAAAAAACUGAUGCAACAACAGGUGAGUCACCAUUUCCCACGUCAUAACUAAGGCUAUGUUCCGGUAUCAACUGUCAGUACUGAUGGCGUAUUCGACUACCGGCACUAGUGCGCACUCGGCUCGCAUUUUGCGACUGCAGUGCAAUAAUUUAUGUUCGGGUUGAUUCAGCUCAUAAGCGAGUAAACAUUUCUCGUGGUCGACUACCCGAGCUAAGCGCGGGCAGAGCAAUACUUUAUGUUCGGAUUGUUAGCGUGGUUCGUCCAACGUUCGAACUUUUUGGAACUGUAAUUUUUGGCGGUUCAAGUAGAUUGCACUGGAUUCUUUGAAAAAAUAACCUCAAAUUUUCAAUCCGUCUUUUGUCUUUCUAAUUAUUUAUUUUGCAUUUUUGAAUAUUUGUUUACAAAAAAGUUUGUGAAAUAUCAAUAAUAAAAAGAGGAAAUUGUUGUUAUUAUUAGCUGCAGAUGUAUUAUCAAUAGUAGUAGUAGCAGUAGCUCAGAAAGUGAUGAUGAUGAAUUACUUAUGGCUUUUAGUUUUCCUAAAAAGAGACCGAAGAUUCAAAACUAUUUGGAUCGAGAAUAAAUUUCAAAAUUUAUCAAUUUGAACUUUGAGGUUAGGUGAAAUUGGAGAAAAAGUAAACGCAAUCGAAGAAGUGCAAUAAUGGGGCACACACGAGCGCUUCAACUCGGAUUUUCACGACGACAGUUCACUUUUUUUGACAAUUCGCACUGACCCAGCACGCGAUCGAAUCGCCACAUACCCGCUCUAGAUUUCAGUGCAACUGCACCAUCAUUUUUCGAACUUGAUCGGAGCCAGCGCUGGGUAGUCGAAUACGCCAUGAGUUUACUGGGACGCCGUUCCGAUAUUAUUUUCAGUACACACUGAUUCAGUACUGAAUGACGUUUUAAAUGCGCCAGUGAGGUCAUUAAUAUUUAAUGGACGGGGAUUCCAGAACGUCAAGGCGAGAAAGGACAUGCUGCCUACGUCACAACUGGUGAUUUGUUCCACACAGGCCUUAUGAGGAUAGGCUAUCCUAUAGUAGUAACGCUGUCGUAUAGAUGGUAGUGGGUCAGGCCGGAUCAUCCGGGAUCAACACUACACGAUUAACUGUAAUUCUUUCACCCGUUGGGCUACUCGGAGCUGCUCAAUGUCAAAAGCUUGAACGUUCCUUUUACAGCCUAGUACCACAGCCUAGCAAUGUCAAAAAAAGAGCGAAUUUCGCAGUUAUGAGUAUAGGCUUUAAAAGUGCGUUAAGCACUCGAGUCGCUCAUAGUGCAUCCCCUUUCACCUGAUGCACCAUAUUUGCGGUGGGUGCAAGAGGCCCUUUUAGGUAAUGUUGAUGGAUCCGCAGAAAUCUCAAACCAGUCAGAGCGAAUUUCAUUGGUUGAAAACAGUCAUAAAACUAGUUUCGACUAAUAAAAUUCACUCUGACUGGCUUAUAAUUUGUGCAGAAACUGACCUUAUAUUUAAGAAUAAUGAUAAUAUCUGAAUUGAGUGUUUUGGAGUGACUCUGAGGAGCUCUAGAGCGACACGUUCAGUGUAACUCGAUGUAUAAAAGGAAAACAGUUGUUCGGUUGGUCUUCUGUCAUCCGUCAUCUAUCAUCCAUUUUGUUGUAUCCUAUCAUUCGUAUCCAUUCGGACCUCAUUCCAUUGAGUAAGUUUGUGAGAAGAGGUUGUAUGUAUGUUCGAAUUUGAGAUUUUUAGACAAAACCAAGUGAUAAAAGGCUGAAUCCGGGUGGAAAAUGGCCCAAAACGAGAACCCGCUUUACGAGCAACAGCCCACUGCUGCUGCUACAGUACUUACAGUAGAAAAGGAUGGGGACACUGUGGCCAGGGCUCAAAAUGAUGGACAUGCAGUGACCAAAAGGUUACACAAAGAACUAAUGUUCCUAAUGACAUCGCCUGAUAAAAGUAUUUCAGCUUUCCCCGAUGGAGAAAACCUCUUCAAAUGGAUCGGUACUAUAUCUGGACCACAGGAUUCUGUUUACGAGUCAUUGAAGUUUAAAUUGAGUUUCCACUUCCCAAAUUCCUACCCCUACACAGCGCCUGUCGUCAAAUUCAUCACCCCUUGUUUCCAUCCUAACAUUGAUACCAGUGGGAAUAUAUGCUUGGAUAUUUUGAAGGAUAAAUGGUCAGCUUUGUAUGAUGUCAGGACAAUUUUGUUGUCUAUUCAGGCGUUAUUAGGAGAACCAAACGUCGAUAGCCCUUUGAAUGCUCUUGCGGCUAUGAAAUGGACCAAAAAGGAAGAAUAUAAGAAGCUUGUUAUGUCCACCUACAACCAAGCUUAACAAAAACCACAUUUUUUUGUUUUUAUCAUAUAAUUAAUUAAUGGAAUUUUUAGUUAGUGAAAUUAAUGUAUUAUUGUAUAGGACAGACUGAUUACUGAUCUUUUUUCUUCGUAUUUAUUCUAUUCUUAUUUUUUUAUUUUCAUUGUCUUACGGUUGGCAUGAUAUAUAUCAUGUGUUUUAUACAAAAUUGAAAACAAAGAAUCCCUGCUUAUAAAGCUACCUCAAAGGGUCUAUAGAUGAUCUGCAUGCCGAUUUUCUGAGAACUGUAACCUACUACUGGUGCUGAAAGACACACUAUGCUGUUAGAUAUCAUUAUCACCAUUUACACACACAAAAAACACCAUCUUUGGGUACUCAAUGUCUGGCCAACGAUUCUGAGUCUACAAGGCAUUGGUGAGGGGAAUGCAGUUGUAAAAAAAAUGGCUGAUUUCAUUCAUAAAAGACACGGCUGCGUGCGGAUUUUUUUGAAAGAAUAAUAUCGAAUAUCGUAUUGCAACUAGAACAUAAAAAUCGACAAUAUAAGUCGAUAUUUCAAGAUGAAAGGAGAAAACUACAGGAUCCCUGGCCAAUAGCGAGAUGUAAGCCCCAUGAGAAAAUGGAUUUUCAAAUGAACUAUACUUCGUCCGAAUUCCUUCUGUAGCCACAGAACCACUGGCCAGACAUGACUACUAUAUCAUGGUUUUUACGUACUUUUCUAACAUUUAUUGUAAGCCAAACUUAUUUGCCAAGCUGAUCUUAUUUAUAUACAUAUCCAUCUAUAACAUUCUAAGUCUUUCGAUUCCCGAUUUCCAAUCAUAUCUUUCAAUCGAGACAACCUCCUCCAAGCCUCCGUCUCUCAUUUCUUCAUCUAUUCCAGUUGUCCAGCUUGUUCUAGGUCCACCGCGUCUUCUUCUCUCCCCUGCCUUACACUCAAUGAUUUGCUUUGGUAGGUAUUCUUGUAUCUGCAAUUCUUUGUAAGUACAUUAUUAUUAAUAACAGUUAGCGGCUGAGGCCGAUGAGACUUGCUAUUGUAAACUCAUGAUCACAUGGCCGAACCAAUUCAGUUGUUUGUCUUCAAUUUGAUCUACUAUUGUGUGUCUUACGUUAAUAAUUUUUCUGGUUUUUCAAGAGUCUAUUUCUUUUGCUUCAAUCAUUUUUGCGACUAUCCUUUUGACGAAGGUGUUAUCUACUCUAGGUUUGUUUAUUUUGUUGAUAUCGUCAGGGAUUCAAAACUCACUUCAGUAACAAUAACAUGUAAAUCAUGAUAUUUGCCAACUUUGCCUUGUGUGUUGUAAGUUUUUUUUGUACACGACACAAUUUCUACACUUUGAAUUUUAACUUCACAUUUUGUUCAUUAAUAAUUAAAUAUGUAUCUUGAAUAUUAUUUUUAUUAUUGUAAAUUUGUGUGGGGCGUUAUUUUUUAAUAAAAAAUAGUGAUUA